AAGAUAGGAACGUCAUUAUUCAGAGUGGGCAUUUGCUGCUGAUGAUGUCACAUGGGAGGUCACUCUGAUACUCAUGCCACUGAAUAUAUAAAAACUCCACAUCGUCUCGGUUUCACAAACGAUUUCCUAAUAGAGCGCCUCAGUUGGUGUUCCCCCUUUUGAAGAACCACUCAUCAACCAGCUCAUCAUCCAGCUCUCAGCAGACGACAUGAAAUGCAUCUACAAUACCCCUCUGCUCAUCAGCGCGCUGCCCCCUCUGCUGGGGACAGAGUUCGUCCUGGGGGUCCUGGGCAACGGCCUCGCCCUCUGGAUCUUCCUGUUCCGCCUGAAGCCCUGGAAGAGCAGCACAGUCCUCCUCUUCAACCUCUCGCUGGCCGACUUCCUGCUCAACGUGGCGCUGCCCUUCCGUGCCAGCUACUACUCCGCAGGCCUGACCUGGCACUUCGGCCCGGCCUUCUGCAACAUCUCCCUCUUUCUGCUGGCCAUGAACCGCAGCGGGAGCAUCUUCUUCCUCACGGCCGUGGCGGUGGACCGCUACGUGCGCGUGGUCCAUCCCCACCACGCGCUCAACUCGCUGAGCGUGGUGAGAGCGGCGUGCGGCGCCGCCGGGCUGUGGCUGCUCACCUUCUCCAUGACAGCCCACCUCCUCGCCUUGCCGCGCCCUAACGCCACCGACUGCGAGAGCUUCAACAUCAACUCGGGGGGGCUCGACGUCGUACACUUCUGGCACAGGAGCUUGUUCCUGCUCUCCUUCUUCCUGCCGCUGGCCGUGAUCGUGUUCUGCACCUGCUCCAUCGUGGCCCACCUGAGAAGAAGGCAGCUGGCCCGUGAUGCGCGCAUUAGGAAGGCCCUGUGGCUCCUCAUGGUGGUGGUGGUGGUCUUCGCCGUUUGCUUCCUGCCUAGCAACGUCACGCAGCUGCUCAUCUGGUUGAAGGAGGGAUCGAUCGCCGGUGUUCUCUCGGGGACAAAGGCCUGUGACGCGAUGGAGGACUUGAACACGGCCUUCUACCUGACCCUCAUCCUGACCUACCUGAACAGCGCCCUGGACCCCUUGGUCCUCUACUUCUCCAUUCCCCCCUUCAGGAACAUGUGCAGGCGGGCCCUGCGUCUGGGGAGGGCCGGAGACACCGGCGACGAGGCGACCACCCAGGAGCUGGACUCUUAGUCUGUCAGCAAGCUGGGAGGCCAAGCAGUCACUGCUGUUCCCCUGGAUUUACCUUGCCACUUACCUGUCAAUGUUAAGUCACAGCAGAGCCACCGUUAUGGUUUGUUUGGCAGACAAAGACAAUGACAGGAUGUGAGUAUUAAUCGAGGAAACUAGGAAUUGAAUUGCCCCGUCACAUCAACAUUUAAACUUUUGUAUGUAUGUAUGUAUGUAUGUAUGUAUGUAUGUAUGUAUGUAUGUAUGUAUGUAUGUAUGUAUGUAUGUAUGUAUGUAUGUAUGUAUGUAUGUAUUUCAAAGUUACUUGAUUGGUCAUUUUCUAUCAAAUGUUCAAUAAGGGAUGUCGAGACUAAAAUGCGGUGAGUGCUGUAGUACAAAGUGAGGUUGAAAAUAUUUUUUAAUUAAUCCAUAUAGAUUAAUACAUAAAGAAGCGUUAAAUGGCUUAAAUCAAGUGAAGGGAUUUGAACAAAAGUUCAAAAGUCUAAAUAAACAAUAAACAAUGUAAACAGUAAACAAUGUAAACAUGCACAGCAUUUAAGAAACUGUAAAUGGUUGGAAAAAAAUAAAGUUACUGCUGAAU